CCAUUUCUUUUUCAGGUGGAAAGGAGGGUGUUUUCUCGCUCUUCAGAAGGCACAAUGCUAAAUAAGGGCUUUGGUUGGCCGGACUAAGCAUAUUUGAGCGUGGCGAGGUUCGAAUAGCAUUGGGAAACAGCUUCCUUACUGCGCCAGUGCUUGGCAAGAAAGGGCGGUAUAGGACGACAGUGCGGUAGAAAAGGAAGGAUAGAGAGGUGGUUCCAAAAUGUUUCCCCUCGCUGACUGCACGCAUGUCUCAGAAAGGGACAAAAAAGGGAGGCGCGCCCUCACCCAGAGCGAGCACGUCGUCAAACACCCCCUCGGCACAGGGGACCCCUGGGCGCUCCGGGCUCCGCCAGCCCAAGUCAGGAGAAAAUAGCAACAGCUCCAAGAGUGGCAGGAGCCACAGCCAGGGCUCUGUAGCAGCCGUCUACCUGUCCUACCUCAACACUCUCUUUGGACAGGAUAGGGAGCUGAUGCCUGAGGAGUUGGAUGAGCUGCAGGUGGCCUUUAAGGAGUUUGACUACGAUGGGGAUGGCUUCCUGCACUACAAGGACGUGGCCGACUGUAUGAGGACCAUGGGAUACAUGCCCACUGAGAUGGAGCUCAUAGAGAUUAUACAGCAGAUCAAGAUGAAAUGGGGCGGUCACGUGGACUUUGAUGAUUUCUGUACUGAGCUGAUGGGCCCUAGGAUGCUGGCUGAGACAGCUCACAUGAUGGGGAUGAGGGAGGUACGCAGUGCUUUCAAACAGUUUGACAGCAACGGGGACGGGCGCAUCACCUUGGAGGAGCUGAAGGACAGCAUGAAGGCCCUUCUGGGCGAGAAGCUGAAGAAGGGCGAGCUGGAGGAGAUCCUCCAGGACAUCGACCUCAACAAGGAUGGCGGAAUAGACUUUGAUGAGUUUGUCAUGAUGCUGUCCUCGCGGUAGCAAGCCUCAGCCACCAAGCAAACUAACUAACAAGACGCACUGGAUGAGGUCUGGAUCACCGAACAAGUGGCAUCAUUCUUGUGUCAAUGUCCUGUAGCAUUGUGCAGGAUUUUGCAUAUUCAUCAGAUUUUAGAUCGGAAUGGUUUUGCAGUGUAUAGACUUAGAUUGUAAGAUAUCAAUUUAGGUCAAAUUGUUGCCUUUAUUUUUUAAUUUUUUUUACAAUAAAACUGAUUUAAGCAAUGCAGCAGAGGACAAAGGGUGAGUUAUGAAACAUGACUAGUGUUACAUCGCUCUUACAUAGCAGUGGUGAGUCUAUGUCG